CGCCGAACAGCAGCAACAGGAACUCCGGUGGCUGCACGAACAUUUGAACGUCCGCAGUCUUUUCUCGCCCGGGUUGACGGUCGCAUCUAAGCGGCGGAGCGAGCUUUUUCUCAAAACGAUUUUUUCCGAAUUAGCCGUCGCCUACAACUUGGCAUGUGAAGAAAAUGAUGACAACGGGGAUGAUAUUGAAAAAGAAAACCAAAGCGCCCUACAAGAACAUCAUGUCUACGACACGCACUACUGGCAACCAGGGCGUGGUGGAAACAUGGGCAGAAAUGGAAGCAGAAUGUUGACAUCUCAUCCUGCAGAAUCAGAGCAGAAAUCUGCGAGAAUUCUCUGCGCGAUCACGCAGUUCGUGAAUUUUUGCGACCGGGAACUGAACCGCCUGCGAGCCGUGGCCUGCAACGACGACUACGUGACGCCGGACUGGUCUGCCAUGCAGUCGUACUGGCGGUGUUACGAAUUUGUGCAGCACGAUUGCGGCGGGCUGUUUCUGGACUGUUUCGGAAACCUAGACCUGUUCUCCUUUCUCCGAACCAUGCC